CCCCUGGCCAAUAGCAUUGAUGGCAUUGAGCGCAUUGGCCAUUGAGUUACUACACCGUGCAGAAAAUCGUAUCUUAGUUGUGGCCGGGAGUUAACUGGAAAGGUCAAGGGAAUUUACUCAGGUUUGAAGGGAAAUGAGACUGAACUACAACCUCAGGAUACCAGCCAGACUCCCACAGAGAGAGCCUGUUCCAUUCCAAGAGGUGCUUCCAUUACGUUUGAAGAAAGCAGUUUCUGGAAAAGGGGACAGGACUUCUGAUGUUGCCUGCUUGUAUGAGAUGUCAAUUUUGUUUGCCUGCUUCAAGAACAAUGACUUUAAUCAAGCAUUGUGCUCCAAAGAGAUUAAUAACUUCCAGAGCUGCUACAAAAACUAUAUGAGCAAGAAGAAUAAGAAGAAGGACCAGGAGCAGCAAGGCAUUCUGGUACCAGGAGAAAAGAAACUUACAUCCAAGCAGGUGAAUGUCCUGCUAAGGAAGUUUCCUCCAAAUUGAUUGGUGCUGUUAGAAUGGCAAGAAGUUUCCCUUCAGAAAUUUUAUUGUUAUAAAGUGAAAUGCCCAUAAUUGUUCCGUGGUUAAACUUGGUCGCAUACAUGUAAGGCAUGACACUUUCUAAAGUUUUACACCUGGAAGACUUAACUUUCUGUCACUCCGGAAUGGGAGAACGAAUCAUGUAUUUUGCCAACAUUGUGCAGUAAUAUAUGUAUUCUGUUUUU